UUGUAUACUUCGGCUCUUUCACACGUCCCAUCCCACUCUUUGGCUGCUCCCUCUUUCUUCUCGGCAUCUUCUCCACCGAAGCCUCCCUCUCUUAUUCUCCGGCCGAUGGACGGCAGCGGAAGGUGGGGAUUCCGCCGGCGAUUCCCCACCAGUCACCGCCGCUAGCCGGCGUUCGUUGAGAACCGUUUUCGGUUCCUUUCCGACGACUUCUCUCUCCGCUUAUUUCCUCUCACCCCUCUUUCUCGUAGAUCUAGCUUCGCAUAGAUUUCAGUUUCUUUUCCUUUUUUCUUGUUCAAGAAUUCCCGAUCUUUGAUCUGUUUUGGGAUUUGUCUCCAUUCUUCCUCUCUCUCUCCGUCUCUAUCCAAUAGUGGAACAGGGAAGGAGGGAGCGCAGGGCUGAGAGAACAAAGAGGAGGAGAAGGAUUGCGAGCAAAAUGCUUUUUAAAUGCAUUGGAUCUACGAUCGUCUCCGUUUUAGUAUAAAUGUUUGAUGUUUUUAUUAUAUUUCUGUUUUGCUGUGGUUCUUGUUUCUUGAAUGGGUGAGGGGUAAACCCGGAUCGGAAAUCGAGCGUCUUGGAGAGACGGGGAGUAGAGUUGAGUCGUGGAAGAAGGGUUGGUAGCGAUCUGAGAGAGAAAAGAUGGUGUUGGAUCUCAAUGUGGCGUCGCCCGGCGAGUCCUCUUCUUGCGGGGAGGAGAAGGUCCUCAUGGAAGACGGCUCUGGCGGCGGGCCGUUGGAGGAGUCGGGGACCUCGAAUUCCUCCGUCCUCAAUGUUGCUGGUGACAAUGACUCCUGCUCCACCCCCGCCGCCGCUCCCGCCGUCGGCGGCGGCUUCAACUUUGGCAUCCUCAAGAGCUCCCUGGCAGCAGAUGGGGAGGAAGAAGUGGAAGAAGACUUGGAGGAAGAAGAUGAGGCAUCAGGGGAGGCAGGCUUUGUCACUAGGCAGCUCUUCCCUCCGGCGGCGGAGGUUCAAGAAGGCGUCCAGCCUCCGGUGAUGGCUUCUUCAUCGACCCCGGCAAUGCCUCGAGGGAUGGAGCUCAGCUUCCUCCAGGGUAAUACGGCUAGCUCGGCAGAGGCCAAGGCUUUGCAGCAAAAGCAGCAGGCGAAGAAGACCAGGAGGGGGCCAAGGUCUCGGAGCUCUCAGUACCGGGGAGUCACCUUCUACCGGAGGACGGGGAGAUGGGAGUCUCACAUAUGGGACUGUGGCAAACAGGUCUAUUUGGGAGGUUUCGACACUGCUCAUGCCGCUGCACGGGCGUACGAUCGGGCUGCAAUAAAGUUUCGUGGGGUUGAUGCUGACAUCAAUUUCAAUCUCAGUGACUAUGAAGAGGAUUUGAAGCAGAUGAGGAACAUGACCAAAGAAGAAUUUGUGCACAUACUUCGUCGCCAAAGCACUGGAUUUGCUAGGGGGAGCUCAAAGUACCGGGGAGUGACGCUUCACAAGUGUGGUCGCUGGGAAGCUCGCAUGGGGCAGUUCCUCGGCAAGAAGUACAUAUAUCUCGGGCUAUUUGACAGUGAAGUAGAGGCUGCAAGGGCCUAUGACAAGGCUGCUAUUAAAUGUAAUGGAAGGGAAGCUGUCACAAAUUUUGAGCCAAGUACCUAUAAAGGGGGGAUACUUCCUGAGCCUGAUAGUGAAGUUGCUGGCAACAAUGUUGAUUUAGAUUUGAGGAUUUCUCAACCUAAUGUCCAUAGUCACAAGAAGGAUAAUAACUCCAUGGAUAUCCAACUCAGUUGCGGCUCCGUUGAAGCUUUGGAUGCCAGGAAUUCUAGGGCUGACAAUCUGACAUCCCAUUUGGCUCAUCGUCAUUUACCAAUGGCACCUGAACAUCCUCAUGCCUGGACUGCUCUAUACCCUGGUUUCUUUCCGCAUGUUGAGGAAAGAGCCAUAAAGGGGUCUGAGCUGGGUUUGUCUGCUGUCACCAACCGAGCAUGGCAAAUGCAUGGCCCUACGUUGCCGUUCUCUUCUGCAGCAUCAUCAGGAUUCUCUACUACCGCCGCUGUAGCAGUUGCCCAUCAUCCAUCGUCAUCCGCCGCUCAUCGUACUUUCCCUCGAUCAGCCACCGUCGAUUAUUAUUAUAGGAGCUGAGUGCUUAUGCCUGCAGCCAACAAGAGGGAGAAACAGAGGCUUAGGGUAGCCAUCUGCGAUGAAAUAAGACUGGUUGGCUCUUGUUACAAGGUUACUUAUUGCACCUAAAAGUGCACAUACUAUCUUAUAUCUUUAUGCAUGACACUGCCAUCUUGCAUGAGCAUGGUUUGUUUGUCUUAGACUUUUGUUGCUCCAGGGUUUUAUCUGUUGGACCAUUAGCCUUUGCCAAGAGCAUAAAGCUUUCUGGCUUUAGAAGUAGGGUCAGGGCAGUGAGUGGAUGCUCCUGGGCGUUGAAUGUAGCCCGUAGUUUCUCUUUUUUGGCCUUUCAAUGUAAUAUGAUAUGAAUCUAUCAUGGCUUGCGCAUGAGAAAAGUCUAUUACUAUUUACUGCCGUAGAUGGCUCUAAGCUUUAAAGGGGAA